GCUCAUUUACACGUGUGGGGUUUGUUUUUAAAUUUUCGCGAGAUUGCAAAUCGAAGAAAUAUUUGAAAAUGAAAAGAAAAGCACAAUUAGAAGCUGAAACAGACUCCGAAUAUUAUUCGGACGAUAAAUCCGAUGAAGAGCUUCAGGAAGCGUUUGCGCGUGGCGACCUUAAACCCGGCUUAAACAUUGAAUUCAAUGCAGAAAAGAAGAAAGUCAACAAUAUUCCACAACUGUUGUCCAAAGCUGAUGAAAUUAAACUAGAUUUGCCAUGGGUUGAACGAAUGGAUAUGGUAAACGAUUUGGCUCCUUUGGCACCUGAAAUGGUCAUACAAUUAGAAAAGCAUGAUCAGAAACGUGUUAAUAUGUUUAAGGGCAAUGCUAAAAUUCCUUACAUACGACCGGAAGAAGAUCCGGUACUAAAUGAUUUUAAGCGAGAAAUGCUCUUUCAUCGCCAAGCUCAAGCUGCAGUAAUAGAAGGAAUAAAACGUUUACACGAAGUAGGAAUUGUUACACGGCGUCCCGAUGACUAUUUUGCCGAAAUGGCAAAAUCUGAUGAACACAUGCAAAAGGUGCGAGCUAACCUGAUGGCCAAGCAGGAGGGUCAAGCAAAGUCUGAGCGCAUUAAACAAAUACGUGAGCAACGCAAAAUGGGUAAACUACUUGCUAAACAAACAAAAGUACAGCGGGAAAUGGAAAAGAAAGAUAUGCUGGAUAAGCUGAAGAAAUUCCGUAAAGGAAAACUUAAGAAUCUUGAUUUCCUUGAAGAUGCCAAGGCUUUAGAAUCGCAGAAGAAAAAAUCGGCUGACAAACGGAAACAACGUAAUAAAAAGUUUGGCUUUGGUGGUAAAAAGAAGGGGCUAAAGCGAAACACAAAAUCUUCGGCGGGGGGCCUGGAAAAGGUGAAAAACUUCCGAAAAGGUUCUAAGGCGUCGAGCAGUGGCAACAAACGCUUAGGUAAAUCACGUCGAAUGAAUGCUAAAUCAAGGAAAUAAAAUAAUAGUUUAGAAUUUUUAGUUAAGGCAUAUACAUUUUAAUAAACAAUAGGUUUAUAAAUAAAACAAUAUCAUAAUUUUUAUUUAA